AUUUUCGAUAAAAUAAACUAUCGAGAAUAUUCGAUGACACCACUGUUCCCCGUCUCACGCACGGCCUCUUCAUGGGCAAUCCUAACCCAUAUCUCUGAACUUGGGACGAUUGGGAUACCGUAUCCUGUUUUGCCCUAGCAGCGUAGGGGAUUGACAUUGAAAUGACACCAACGGGCUCUCAGACGACCUGUUAGUGUACCCGCGGGGCGGAUGGGCUUCCGGCGACAAGGGCUUCGCGCGAUAGUCGAGCUUGUCAAAACCCAGCCAAUUUCUUCAACCCGCUCUCACUUCCUAAUGCGAACGUGAGACCCGUUAGUCAUGAACUACACCAUCCUCCUUGUAGGAGAGCUAGAAGAAGCGACCGACGCUUAGCUUAGCCGACGAGCUUACGCGCAACCACCACACCACACCUUCUAGAAGGAAAUUCGAAGCGUUCGGCGCUGUUCCUGACACUUUGACAGGAGUGUAUUUUCGCCGAAAUCUGUUGUUUCGUUAGGCGGAGUAGUGCCUCUUCCCACCAACCACGUCUUCUCCCACCCGCCCCUGAAACCCCUCGUCAUAGCGAUCAUGUGGAGUUCCCAUUUAAAGCUGUCGACUAUCUCUGAAGACGCCAUUCCGAAAGCAGAUUUACUCGCAUGAAGCCUUGGAGGACGCCGUGUUCUAGAGCGUCGAUUGCCCUAUGCUUCAUCGUCGUUAUCGCGCCCGUCCAUGAAGUCAUAUCGCAUCGAGGAGCUAUGCUCGAUCAGGUGUCUUCCCCAGGUUCGCAAUCACGGGGAAGUCACCGGAUGCAAGUGCGGCACUCUAGCAAUUCGCUACGUAGUGCUACUACGUACUCGGGAGUGCCGUGCUGUGUAAUAUCAUGUGGCGUUUCGUCUCUCCGUCGUAAUUAGCGAAACAUAAGUCUAUUACUAGCAGUAAGCGACCCAGGCCCUUGGAUUUGCCUGUGCUUGUCGAUGCCCAAGGUGGUUCUGGUGGAUAUGAGCCGCCCGAUCAAGCGAUCCCAAUUGCGCGGCACCGGCUCGUACUGGAGAGAAGCGUAAAUAAUGGAGAAAGUUGGUUUCGGAGCCCUUGACAAGACGAUAUACAUAGAAAGUACUCGGGUCAAAUCAAGGACCCUACUAUGUAGAUGACGAAUUCCACUCUGCCAGGUACGCGUAUCUUCAAGCCACUAUUAGUUACAUGCUGAGAUGUAAAACAUAGCUAGGUGAGGCCAAGAGCGAGUGUCCACUCCCCUUACAUACACAAUGAUGAAGUCAAAUUGAAACGUAGCCAUCGCUAAGGCUUCAGCCCUUACAAUAAUUCCCGAGUAAAUGGACCUACUAUUCAAUAGCACGCCUUGGACUCGUGGCAAUUAUCCACUUGGGAGUGGUAUUACAUGUAGUUAUGCAUAGAAGGAAGGUAGUAAUUGUCUUUGGCAAUACCAAACUGUUGGAUAGGUUUCACGUGGGCAUAAAUCCCCCAUGUCGAUCAAUAGUUGUGAGGUUAUUUCACAAAUAUGGGCUUGGAUAUCGAAGAAAUGACCUUGAGAUAAAUUCAAA